CUUGGGAGCUGCGCCCGCGCACUUGGGCGGUAGAUUUACUUGGAAACAUUAACCCCGUCGUUUGAUUUAAUCUGCAUAAGAUCGUAGUUAUCGUUAAUUUAUAAUAAUCAUUAAUUUCGAUGUUGUUGUAUAUAAACCGCGCCGUCGACAUGUUAAUGUGAACCGAUAUCAAAUAUAGUGUAGUGUUUGUUUAGUUAUUUGUGUAGCGCCAGAUAAUAUACGUGUCUAGGAAUAAAUUGAUGGCUAACGUUAUCGACAUCAUUUAACGUUUUAAUGGAAUAAAUUGAAUAGUUAUAUUGCUAGUAUUAAGAACAUUUUGUGUUUGUUAGGAAGUUAUUAUAAAAGGCUGGUGUUUCUUCAAACAAUUACAUAUGCAUUCCAAUAGCAUUCUCGACAUCUGCCCCACAUUAAGUUGUGCUCGUGCGCUUAUUUUCAUUCAAAAAUAGCCCACGUACAGGCCGACAUCCGCAAUUUUCGGACAUGACGUCAUCGAAAGAAAGUAAUGACGUCAUCGUUAAUUUAGAAGAAGACAAAUCGGUAACUCCCAGCCGGAAGGAGCAGAAAGAGCUAUCUGAACUGCCACCAAUCGGUACUUCUCUUCAUAAAAGACGUAGAGGUGAACCACCAGCAACAUUGUCGGUCAAGAACCCACAAACACCAUCAGAUGCUGAGGGCUCUUCGCCAUGCACAGCAGGACCUACUCCAGAAGAUACCUGGACUACACCAGAUGGCGAUACCACAGAUCCUGAAGCUUUGUGUGAAAGCAUGCUUCAAAGAUUAAAAGAUAAAGAUGAUCCUCUAUCCAAACGAGGUAAAGAUUUAGCAUCCAGGACGAAAGAUACAUUAGAGAGCUUAGACCAGUUGGAAAAACUACUCGAACUUUUAGACCAGUUCGUCAGCCUGAAGGAGCAAAACGCUCGUCUCCUGAAACGUCUCCGAGAUGUCAAUCAUUUAAAACGUCUCCAUAGUGCUCAUAAAAGAAUAGAUCAAGAAAAUGAAAAAUUAAAAGAUGAAACCAAAGAAUUGGAGCUCAUAAACGAAGCUCUAGACGCAGAGCUGGAAUGUGAAUAUGGACAAGCUAUUUUUGACUCCAUGGUAUCUGGUGGUAGGAGUAUGAAGAGAACUGGUUCUAAGUGGAAAGGCCACACUAGAUUUGGUGGUUCGUUGUUAAGAAAACAAAGAUCUAGGUCGGCUGGUGGCGAUGAAAGUGACGUGUGUCCUGGUACUCCGCUGAGGAGGAGAUCUGACGGAAUCUUCUGCAAAGAGGUGGACAAAUCUAAAGUCUCGAACUGGACUCGAGUUAAAGCAGCGUUCAAAUGGGAGAAGGCACAAUGGCCAGCUUCGACGCUAGGGGGAGCAGCUGCAGUUGCAGCUGGGGCUAUGGUCGGUGCUGUGGCCCUCGCCGGCUCCACUCCUGGCACUCUGCCAAACCCUGAUCCGAGGGACUCCGCGAGUUUGACACCUGGAAGCGCCAUAUCACUCACCCCGAACUCCUCCUGCGAAGAACUGAGGAUGGAAUCAGGAACUUGUCGGCGAAGUGGUGUGAGGAGUGACGAUCAAGACAAUAUUUAUUUACAAGCUCCGAUGCAGGACGACAGUUCAACAUCGCCGUCUCCAAACAAGCUCCACAAGAGUCCUUGGGUUAAGAUGAGAGACAUUAUACAGACGCAUAGAGAAUCUGUAAAGAAGAAGACCAGAGGACCCAAGGGUUCUCCAGACGUGGUGCCCGCGAGAAGACGGUCUUUCAGUGACGGUGCUGACAGCGACGCGCCUCCAGCUUUGACCCUGACCAUACCUUCGUCUGAAGAACUAGAAUCCGAGGGUUCUCAUCCGGUUCUUCGUAAACAACGUUCCCUGGAGUUGGGAGCUCGACCUCCACAGCACAGAACGCCUAGGGAUUCCAAGUGGACGAGGGUCAAGCGAGCUUUUCUCACAUCAGCCUCUGCUUCCGUACCCUCAAGUCCUAAUAGACAUUCUGCCUUCUUCACUGACGGAGACACAGAGGGUGUGAGCAGCGGUUGUGAAGCGAGUGGUUUUAAAGAUGAAAUAGCAAGAGAUUACGCUGCACUUCAAACGCGUCUGGGGAGAGAGUUUUCUGACAGACGAGGCAAAUUAUAUGCAGCGAUCAGGCCAGUUGCGACAGAAGAACAGCUAUCUGCUGACUUCAGGAAGAAGUUGGCAGAAUGGCAGCGAAUGAAGGGAGUAAGACAACCACCGCCAGUUCCCGCCAGACAGGAUCUCAGCGAGGACUUCCUAAAAAAAUGGGACGAAUGGAAGCGCAUGAAAGAAACGAAUUCAGUACCCGCUUGGAAAGAAGAAGAGAAACCGGAUGAAGUACUAGUACAAACUUCUACAGGAUUAUUCAAAUUUCAUGGAAUAUCCCGUUCUUUCACUCGAAAAUUGCAUGAAUGGGAGAAAUCUCGUGGUAUCGCCCCUGAAGCUUCAACAUCCGCCCUUCUCCGUGCUGCCCGCGCCAAAGUCACGCUACCAGCUCUGACUCGCACACAGUCUGACGGCAGUGUGGCUCCUUCUAACUCUGGCAGAGUACAUGCAUCUAGUCUUAGCGUAAAUGAUGUAGAUGACUUCGACUCGGAAUAUGAGAGAGAUCAUUCUUUGCAUUGCACCGACUACGACAACACGCCUGCUCGGGAGGCUGUACUAGUAGAAGUGGAGGCUGAGGAGAUCUGCACAGCCGCGCCUCUCGUAGCAGUUUCACCAAGACAUACGCCUCAGAAGCCUAUUUAUACAUACGGACGAGCGGAGGCAAGACAUCUCUGUGAGACCAGUUCUGCCGUGACGGGAACUGCUGUCUUGCAGUCUAACGGUGCUGUUGUAUUUUCAGAAUCCCCAAAUUUGAAGCAGUCACCGUCUAAAGAAUAUUCCUCUAUGAAAAUAAAGACCUCUCGAGAUCAGUUAAUAAUGCAAGAAAAAUCACAUAAAUCCAAAAUAAUACGACAAGCUAGUAUUGAAGAAGACGCUAAAUUCAUCAGAAAAACUAUUGAAGAAAUAGAACGAGGCAGUUCCAACCGCUACAAACAAGAAUCUGUAAUCACUGUCGAUGAAACAAAUUUACUGAAAGAUGCUGCCACUCCGUCGACGAGUAGAAUAUGUAGCUUGAGAACCAUUAAACAAGAUAACUUGAAAGACUUCAAGAACGAGAAGGAUAGUAACGAGGAAGCAAAGGAAGAAAGCAAACGCAAAGAAGCCGAUAAGAGUAACGGUAAGAAAAAAUCCAAGUCGAGAGCCAGGCUGGAAAGAGAACAGUCGAAACCAUCUGAAAGUGAUACAGAGCCUGAAGUAGAUACAGUAACUGUUGAAAUUCCUCGCAGAAGAAAAAGACCUCGUCGACCAUCCGAGAAGCCCAGAACCCCUCCAGCUUCUCUACAUUCAGAUUCCGAUGGAGAGGUAUUUGUCUUAAAACUAAAAACCCCGGAUCAGCGAGAUAUAUGCCCUGAAGUUAUUGUAAAAACAACAAGGAAAAUUUUUUCUCCCGUUGUGCGUAGCGGAGAAUCGGUCCCUCGGGCUGUAAUACCGGUGGAUGUUGAAGAUCUGGAUGAAGUUAGAUCACCGGGACCGUCUAAAAACAAAAGCGAGUCACGCAGUCCAUCAGACCAGAAAUUAAACGUAGAAACAAAAGUCAGUAGAAAAUCAAAAAAACCACUUCAUCUUCAGGAAGAGGAACAAAGGCCUCGGAGUCGGCCCCCACUCCCACUGUCACCACCAUCCCAACGUAAACCUCCUCCGAAAGAAACUUCUCCGUCCAUACGCAUAAUGAUACAACGAUACAAUAAAAAAAUUAAUGAGGAAGGGCCUCUCUCAGGCGCCAGCAGUGGCGCUUCUUCACCGGCUUGGCGUUCACCCAAAUCUGAACGAAGACGGCCUCCUGAUAUGCCAAUAGGUGUUAACAUUAGAAACAACCCAUUUCUAGAGAGGGAAGUUCAAAAAUCAGCUAGCGCCUGUCAACUUACAAGGCGAGACCAGACAUCAGCGGAGAAAAGUCUGUCUCCAACAUGUCAAACACAUGAAGGAGUACUGAAAUCCCAUAGCGCCAAUACCUUACAUCCCGAAAAAUCUGGGAGCGAAGAAGUACCGACGAACAUUGAAGACAGUCAAGAGACAAUACGGAACACAACCACCAGCUCGGACACAAUUGUACCAAAUAAAGCUGCAAAUAACGCAACCUCAGAAGGAAGUACAGAAAUUGAAGUAGCCGUCUUGAGAAAACAAUCGGAAUCAGUACUACCCUGUAUAUCACGAUUCGUGGCACAGAAUCCCUGUUAUUUUGAACGAUCACUAUCAACCGUCGAAACCUCCAGUCCGUCGCGAGAAGCUGAGGAAUUGGUUGCUAGAUUAUCAGAAAGAGCCGAACGAAUAAGAGUAGCGAGAGAAAGGUUUCUUUCCUCCACCAGUCCUAUGAGAAGGGAAGGUACGAGUUCUGCCAGUGAUUUACGGCCCGCUGAUCGCUCGAGUCGUAUGAGUGAGGGGUCUAAUGUGGAAAGUCAGCCGCCAGCGGAGCUUGGUCGAAGCGCCUCAACUGGUAUGGUCAACGUGGAAAGAGAGACGUGGCAGAGAAUUGCAGAAGCUCCUCGCAGAGAGCGUCCCAAAUCUCGCUUCAGUCUGUCUCGCCUGGCUGCCAAAUUACGUCGUAAAGAGGAGAGCGCUGUGUCUCGGUUGUGUCGACAGAGUCUCCUCGUCCAGUUGAGGAAACAAUAAACGGAUUAUGUAACUAAACAAA